ACAGCUGUCUGUGGGUGACAGAUUCUCAAAGUCAUCUGUUCAAUUCAUUACAUUUGUUUCUCCCCCAAAAGGGUAAAAACAUAUAUUUUUUAAAUUCGGUGUGAUUAGUCAGUGUUUCAGAGUGCAGGGCUGGUUCCGACAUGUAUCCGUGGUCCAGUCAUUUCGACAAAUUGCUUGAAAAAGCCACCAGUCAUCUCAUAAUGGAGCCAGAUUGGCCGUCCAUCCUGCGAAUAUGCGAUUUGAUUCGGCAAAAUGAUGUCUCAGCCAAAACUGCUUUAGUUGGAGUAAAAAAGAAGCUAAACUCCCCCAACCCACAUACUUCACUAUUUGCAUUGUCCUGUCUUGAAAGUAUGGUAAAAAACUGCGGCGUUCUUGUCGCUGAAGAACUAACUACAAAAGCAAACUGUGAAUUUUUGCAUGAUCUGGUCAAGAACACGCCCCAUGAAAACGUUAAGCAGAAGCUACUCGAGCUAAUUCAGGCCUGGAACUUUGCCUUUAGAAACAACCCCAAGCAUGGCAAUUUAAAGGAUCUGAUGGCGACGAUGAAAUCAGAAGGAUACAAAUUUCCAGUGCUCCAAGAAAGUGACGCGAUGUUUUCAGCCGAUACCGCGCCUGAAUGGAUUGUUGGUGAUAGUUGUUUCAAGUGCAGAUCAGAGUUUACGAUUAUCAAUAGAAGACACCAUUGCAGGGCUUGCGGUCAAGUUUUUUGCGGAGCGUGCAGCUCCAAAACGAAGACUCUUCCCAAGUAUGGAAUUGAAAAGGAGGUUCGAGUUUGCGAUACGUGUUACGAAGCAGGAAACAAACCCGCAACUGUUCCGAAAACGCCUAAGCAAGGAGAAACCGAACUGCCUCAGGAGUAUUUGAAUAGUUCCCUAGCUCAACAAAGUCAGGAACCUCCAAGGAAAAAUGAGGAUGAGCUUAAAGAGGAAGAGGAUCUGCAAUUGGCUUUGGCUCUUAGUCAGUCUGAAGCCGAAGCUAAGGAAAAGGAGAAGCUUAGAGUAACACAUGCGCUAUUGAACAAUCCCCCGAGAAAAGAUUUGGAGCCUGCUCCUCGUCGCAGUCCGUCGCCGCAACGUGAAGAUACCUCCAAUCCGGAACUGGACCGCUAUUUAAACCGUUCGUUUUGGGAAUCCAUUCAAUCUAAUGAUCCGAAAGAUCGGCCAACUAGCCCAUCAGCCCCAUCGCCAGCUUCAUCAAUUUUAAGUAACGAACCAAAGUUCAAGAUCAAAGAAAAUGGCACCGUUGAUGUUGACUUAGAGGAGUUCAUCAAGGCGCUAAAGAGCCAAGUAGAGAUUUUUGUCAAUAGAAUGAAAAGCAAUUCCAGCAGAGGACGUUCCAUAACGAACGAUACUAGUGUGCAGUCUCUUUUCCUGAACAUCACCAACUUGCAUUCCAGAUUGCUGAAAUACAUUCAGGAUCACGACGAUAGUCGAUUGUAUUAUGAAAGACUACAGGAUAAAUUGACUCAGGUAAAGGAUGCUCGAGCUGCUUUGGACGCGUUGCGUGAAGAACAUCGUGACAAACUACGGCGAGAAGCUGAAGAAGCGGAGCGCCAAAGACAAUUGCAAAUGGCCCACAAGUUGGAGAUUAUGCGAAAAAAGAAGCAAGAGUAUCUGCAGUAUCAGCGCCAGUUGGCGUUGCAGCGGAUUCAAGAGCAGGAACGGGAAAUGCAGAUGAGACAGGAGCAACAGAAGCAGCAAUAUCUAAUGGGCCCUCCGCAGUUUGCCGGCUAUAUGGGCUCCCCAGUACAUGCUCCACAGUUCCAACCGCCCAAUCAGCCUCCUCCUGGAAUGGCGGGAUAUUAUGGGCAGUAUGGCCAGAUUAUGGGACAACCAGCCAACCCUGGACCUCCAGGCUCUGCUGGUCCUCCUCAAGGCCCACAUAUGGGCGCCAUGCCUGCCCAAAUGGGCGCCCCACAUCCGCAGCAGUUUGCUUCCCAGCCGGGUGGGCCUCCACUCGCAUUUAAUCCUCCGAUGAUGGGGGUCUCUGCUCAAGGUCCUCCUGCUCAUGGAAUGCCACCGCAUCCAGGUAUGCAACUUCCAAAUGGACAAGGCGCCCCUCAAAUGCAGUAUCCGAUUCAAGGCGGUCCACCAGUGCACAAUCUACAACAAGUUCCUUCAAACGGGGAGCAAACACAAACUGCAGAGUUGAUUAGUUUUGAUUAAUAAAGAUAAUGUAAUUGUCGCAAAUAUAUAUCCAGACUAUAUUAUUACACUUGUUAUAUGCUGAUAUUAAUAAAUUCCUAUGUAGA